ACAAAAACACAACCACAGGAAGAUGAAUGCAGUUGAUGUGGAGAGAUUUUGUCAGGCCCAGAAGGAAGAUUUGUUAGAGCUUCGGAAGCGAAUAACUCCAGAUGUUACUACUACAUGUUCUACAAACUCAUCAUCAACAUCAAGACUAGAUUUACUGCCAAAUGAUAUUAGAAAGCUGUAUAACGAGGUACUGCCUCAUGUUAGAGCAGUCCAUCUAUUAAACUUGGAGCUCAAGCAAGUUAAUGCCAGACUCCUCAAACAAAACAGGAUGAUUAAAUUUGAUAAAAUUCAUGAUUCUUUGUACAAUGCUUUCGAGCCAUAUGUAGAUGAUGCUUCAACUCCGAAGCCCUUUGUUGCUUGGCAACAAGAGAUGGAGCAGUACAUCAGACAGCAAGAAAAGAAAACUGAUGCAAAAAGCAUUAUCAAUUGCUUUGUCGAACCUCUACUCUUCACGAUGGCGAACCUGUGCAGAUCCAAGAAACAACUUAGCUUCUCAACGUGCUACCACAGGGUCACAGUCCAUGUCACAAUCACUGAGGUCAUUACUGAUGAAAAUAGAGUGACUUAUUGUUUCACGUCGGACGUUCAUAUUGAGGAAUUGGAAACCAAGGGGGCACUCUACAUCGAACAGAAACGGACUGCAGCUGAGUUUGUGAGAGAUAUUAUAUGGAGUUACCUAAGACAAGAAAUCCUUCCAUAUACACUAACAUGAUCAGGAAUGUUUAAAUUCCACUUUAUCUGCCACUCAUGUGUUAACAUGCAAGUAAUAAUUAAGUUGCAUUAUGUGAUGAUAGAUAUUUAUGAGAGCAUAUUUAUUAUACUAUUAUCUGGCUUAAACAAAAGCAAGUUUGUGCGUUUUAAUUGAAUCUGUUAUGUUUACGUAAUAUCCACUGACCUUAAACUCGGAUGAAAUUUGUAUUAUCAAGAUCACGUAAGCUAGUUUAUAUACUCUUGAUAUUAUGUAAACAUUCAUGGUAACACGAUAAAAGAAUAAAACAAUGAACGAUAAAACCAUGA